CUGCACUGAACUGCACUGUGGCUUCAAACGAGGUCCUCCACCUUCCCAGGCCUCAGUUUCCCCAGCUGUGCCGAAGCAGGUUGUCUCGAAGGACCCGCCCAGUGCUAACGCAACGUGAUUCGCUCUGGCAGGAGCGGUGGGCUGCCCGCAUUGCUGCGCAGGCAUCGGACGGUCGGCUUGGGCACCGUCACCAGCUACGGGCGCUUUCCUCCCGGGCAGGGGGCAGCGGGCAAGGAUCGCGGCGCCAGACGUUGCGCAGGAAAGUGGGGGCGCGACCCCCUGCUCGAGCGGGCACCGCGCGGCCCCGCCCCCGCAGCCAGCUGCCCUGCGGCAGCCGGGGCCCGAGCUCCGCCCUCCUCCUCCCGCCGGCCUCUCUCCCUCCUCCCGCCUCCCUUCCUCGCUCGCUCGCUCCCUCCCCCCCGGCCGGCUCGGCGGUGACUCCGCCGCACGCUGCAGCCGCGGCUGGAAGAUGGCGGGGAACGACUGCGGCGCGCUGCUGGACGAAGAGCUCUCUUCCUUCUUCCUCAACUAUCUCGCCGACACGCAGGUUCCCAGGUGGUUCUGCCCCUGCCGGUCCUGGGACCACCCUCUGAGAAGCAUCAGUUCGGUCGGUACUGUUACCAGGUCCUCCAUGACUCCCUUCUACCCCACCCACCACUGGCAGGGCGGGGGAUCUGGGGAGGAGCAACUCUGCGCUGACUUUCCGGAGCUAGACCUCUCCCAGCUGGACGCCAGCGACUUCGACUCGGCCACCUGCUUUGAGGAGCUGCAGUGGCGCCCGGAGAACUCCGAGACCGAACCCAGCCAGUACAGCCCCGACGAUCCGGAGCUCUUCCAGAUAAUCGAUAGUGAGAAUGAGGCCCUCCUGGCAGCACUCACCAAAACCCUGGAUGACAUCCCCGAAGAUGUUGUGCAUCUGGCCGCCUUCCCAGCCCUGGAUGACGGAGACGCACCCUCCUGCGCUUCUGCUUCGCCUGUCCCCUCAUCUGCGCCCCCAAGCCCCUCCCUGGAGAGGGCCCCAGCCUCAGCCCCUGAAGUGGAUGAGCUCUCGCUGCUGCAGAAACUCCUUCUCACCACGUCCUACCCAGCCUCGACCUCUGACAGCCAGAAGGAAGGGACCGCCUGGCGCCAGGCAGGCCUCAGGUCUAGAAGUCAGCGGCCUUGGGUCAAGAUGGACAGCGCCCAAGACAGGAAGGCCCCCAUGAUGCAGUCUCAGACCCGGAGUUGCACAGAGCUGCAUAAGCACCUCACCUCGGUGCCGUCCUGCCCCCGGGCUAAAGCUCGCUCCCCUGAUAGGGUCCUCCAGCCACCACCACCCCUGAGUCCCUGGGUCCCUGCCAAGGAGGAUGAGGAGGCGGGUGAGGACUGCCCGAGUCCCCAGCCGGCUCCAGCCUCUCCCUGGGACUCCCCAGCACCGGGCAGGGCAGACCCCGGCGCCCAGGUGUCCCAGGAGGACAUGCAGGCCAUGGUGCAGCUCAUUCGCUACAUGCACACCUACUGCCUUCCCCAGAGGAAGCUGCCCACACAGGCCCCAGAGCCAGACCCCCAGCCCUGCAGCAGCCCCGCCCAGCAGGUCAGACCCCGGCCUCGGUGCCAGCACCCUUCCAAAGCCACCUGGGCUGAGUUCUCCAUCCUGAGGGAACUUCUGGCUCAAGAUAUCCUCUGUGAUGUCAGUAAACCCUACCGCCUGGCCACGCCUGUCUACGCCUCCCUCACACCCCGGGCUCGGCCCAGGCCCAAAGACAGCCAGGCCUCUGCGGGCCACCCCUCCCCCGUGGAGGAGGUGCGGGUCGCGGCUUCACCCCAGAGCUCGGGGCCCAGACCCAGCCUGCGCCCGCUGCGGCUGGAGGUGAAAGGGCACAUCAGCCGGUUGGCCAGGCUGCAGCCUGAGGAGGAAGAUGAGGAAGAGGAGGAGGAAGAAGAAGAAAAAGAGGAAGAGGAGUGGGGCCGGAAAAGGCCGGGCCGGGGCCUGCCGGGGACCAAGCUGGGGAGGAAGCAGGAGAGCUCUGUGUGCCCCGUGCGGCGUUCCAGGAGACUGAACCCGGAGCUGGGCCCCUGGCUGACGUUCACCGAUGAGCCCAUGGUCCCCGCGGAGCCCCAAGGGGCUCUGCCCUCGCUGCGCCUGGCCCCUGAGGCCUACCACGUGGAGGGGGAGCUGGGCAGCCCCGCGGACGAGGACAGUGGCCAAGACCAGCAGCUCCGACGGGGACCCCAGAUCCCAGCUCUGGAGAGCCCCUGUGAGAGCGGGUGUGGGGACACCGACGAGGACCCCAGUUGUCCGCAGCUCUCUUCUGGAGACUCUCCCAGGUGCCUCAUGCUGGCCUUGUCGCAAAGCCCCACUGGCGACCCUCCUUUUGGCAAGAAGAGCUUCGAGCAGACCUUGACAGUGGAGCUCUGUGGCACAGCAGGACUCACUCCGCCCACCACGCCUCCGUACAAGCCCACAGAGGAAGACCCCUUCAAGCCAGACAUCAAGCACAGCCCAGGCAAAGACAUAGCUCCCACCCCGGAGGUUCCGCAGCUCGGGGCCGCCGCAGAGGCUGCCCGCAAGCUGCCGAAGAAGCACCCAGAGCGGAGCGAGCUCCUGUCCCACCUGCGGCAUGCCGCAGCCCAGCCAGCCUCCCAGGCUGGCCAGAAGCGCCCCUUCUCCUGUUCCUUUGGAGACCACGACUACUGCCAGGUGCUCAAGCCAGACGGCGCCCUGCAGAGGAAGGUGCUGAGGUCCUGGGAGCCAUCUGCGGUCCACCUUGAGGACUGGCCCCAGCAAGGGGCCCCGCGGGCUGAGGCACAGGCCUCUGGCAGGGAGGAAGACGGGAGCUGUGAUGUCGGCGGCCCCACCAAGGACAGUACGCUGCUGAGAGACCACGAGAUCCGCGCCAGCCUCACCAAGCACUUUGGCCUCCUGGAGACAGCCUUGGAGGAUGAAGACCUGGCCUCCUGCAAGAGCCCCGAAUACGACACCGUCUUUGAGGACAGCAGCAGCAGCAGUGGCGAGAGCAACUUCCUCCUAGAGGAGGACGACGAGGAGGAGGAUGAUGACGAGGACUCAGGGGUCAGUCCCCCUCGCUCUGACCACUGCCCCUACCAGAGCCCACCAAGCAAGGCCAGCCGGCAGCUCUGUUCCCGCAGCCGCUCCAGCUCUGGCUCCUCGUCCUGCCGCUCCCGGUCACCAGCCACGCGAAGGACCUUCAGAUGUGAGAGCAGAGGGUCGUGUUCAGACAGAACGCCAAGUGUCCGGCACACCAGGAAGCAGCGGGAAAAGGCCAUUGGUGAAGGCCGCGUGGUGUACGUUCGAAAUCUCUCCAGUGACAUGAGCUCCCGUGAACUGAAGAGGCGCUUCGAGGUGUUUGGAGAGAUUGUGGAGUGCCAGGUGCUCACGAGAAGCAAGAGAGGCGAGAAGUAUGGCUUCAUCACCUACCGGUGUUCUGAGCACGCCGCCCUCUCUCUGAGGAACGGCGCUGCCCUGCGGAAACGCAGCGAGCCCUCCUUCCAGCUGAGCUACGGGGGGCUCCGGCACUUCUGCUGGCCCCGCUACACUGACUACGAUUCUAAUUCAGAAGAGGCCCUGCCUGCGUCAGUGAAAACCAAGUACGAAGCCAUGGAUUUUGACAGCUUACUGAAGGAGGCCCAGCAGAGCCUGCACUGAUAACAGCCUUAACCUUCGAGGAAUACCUCAAUACCUCAGACAAGGCCCUUCCAAUAUGUUUACGUUUUCAAAGAAAUUAAGUAUAUGAGAAGGAGAGAGAGCGAGUGCGUGAGAGAGAGAGAGAGAGAGAGAG